UGGGUAUUACAUUAUUUUGCAGAUUUGUGUUUGUUUAGUAUAUUACUGUACUGAACAUUUCCAAAAUAUGAAUUUUGUAUUACUGCGUGACAAUUAACAUUUGAACAGGAUGUAACUACAUCCUGCUUUCUUAAGGUCAGGAUGUGCAUCCUGCUCUUUUUAAUGUUGAUAGUAGUGAUAAUGCUUUGUUUGCACCAACGUUUUUUAUCGGUGACCCCCAAAAGUAGAUUUCCUGUGUUCUAGUAAAGGCUUUUAUAAUUAGUACAUAACUUGUCUUGAAAUGACAUAUGUUGUGAUAGUUUUGAGUUACUGUGAGUGAAAGCUGACUGUGAAACUGAAGAGGCAAUGGAUGAUUUUCCAGAGGAAAUAAAAGGAACUGCAGGCGGAACGUCUUCAGAGAAAAAUGUCAUUAAUUGGCAUCAAGAUGGAAUUUCACACCAAUCAUCUGAUAAUUUAAGACAGCCACUGGGACCUCAGUUAUACUCUUCAUCUUCAUCAGAUGAGGACUCCGAGACUGCUGAUAGUGAUGACUCCUUCUCUUCAGAUGAUUAUGAUGAUGAUGUAGAAACAGAAUCAAAAAGUGCUCUUCAUUCUCAACCACAUACGGGAAAUGGGAUUAGUUCACCAGACAAUGUAGGUGAAGGCCUGUAUUUAACAUCCAUAUCAGAAGCAGGCAACCGGAGUUUUCCAAAUUCUUCAAAGCCCCAGGUACCAAAUAAACCCAUAAGUUAUCCCCGUAAAUCAUGUGUGUCUCCUGAGAAGCGCCCACAAAUGCCUCUUCCUGCAGCUGCUGGAAACCAGGCACCAUUGCUACCACCAAGACCAGGUACAAAGUUGAGUUCGCCACCAGAAAUUUGCAAGAGGGGAUUAGUGCCCGUCCCAAAUUCUGGAGAAAGCCAGCGCUGUAUUCCUACGCCUCCAAAUACUGCCAAACCUGUUGGGAAUGCUCUUUUAAAGGAAACUGAGUGUCGUAGUGCUUCUUACUGUGCUGGCAAGGAUGGAAACUGGAAUGGGCCUGGCCGGCAGCAGCUGUCCUCUACUGCAAGCAAUACUCCUGGUAGACCACACCCGCCAUCUUCACUACACUCAACUAGGAAUCUUUUACUGGGAAACAAUAGUAGCCCAGUUCGUAAUGAGCCUUCACAACUGAAACCUCCAAACUUGGCUCAGGGGCCAUUGAUGCUUCCAUCAGCAAUUAAAUCCUCGCCACAAUUUAUCCAACAAGUUGGUACUUCUGCUCCUUUAGAAAAAGCCCCCAAACCUCCUACUUCAUUGCCGGAGUUGUCAGACGCUAAAAGACAUCCAUUUCUGCCUCCUUGUGUUGAGCGAAUCAGCAUUGGAGAUGGAGUGAGUGUUGAACUAAGCCCACUUUACCGGACAUUGAUCGAUGUGCCCUACUUCCAUGCGAUUUCCAGGAGUAAAUCGAUGAAGCUUCUUCAAAAAGCUGGUGAUGGAGUCUUCUUGAUACGACCCUCCACUCGCUCAAGUGAUCCUCUCACUCUUUGUGUGCAGUACGGUGGCAGAACAUACAAUAUCAAUAUAAGGAGGCGAAAUGAUGCUCUUUAUGCACUGGGAACAGAAAAAGUAAAUGAGAUGACAUUCAAAUCUGUUGAUGAAUUAGUGUCUACAUACUCAAAAGAACCCAUCAAACUCCAAAGUGGGAGCCAUGUUAGGCUCUUAAGAUCACCUGCUAAAGAGGACCAUAUAUAUGUCAGGAUGCCUGUUCCCGUCCAAAAGAAAUAUUAAUUGUAACACAUUCCAUACUCUCCAGUUUUUGCUUACCAUAUAAAUUUCCCUAUUUUUACAAUAAAUGUAUCUUCAUUAGUUUUGUUAGAAUUACUGAUUAUGUUAUUUUUAUUAUAUAGGUUAUCAUUAAGCGUGAAAUUGCAUGUUGACAUUGCUAUGAUAACCAGGUCUUGUUGCAUCAGAGUUGCUACUUUAUUUAGCAUUGUUAGUAACUUAAAGGUCUCAAAAUCUUGUAAUAUGCCAGACAUUAAAACAUUUACUAUUGGAGUGUGU